UCAAAUCAAGAAAACAUCUAAUGCCCAGUGGACUUACGCGUCGGCUAUGGGGGGUGGGGGGGAGGAAAAGAAAAUGAUCUAUGUCUUUAACGAAUAAUGCUUGGAAAUGAUCAAAUAAAAUAUAUUAAAAAAAAAAAAAAACUCCAAAUGGGGUCACAAAGAGUCAAACGUGACUGAACAACAACGACAAUAAUGGCAUCAUAUCCUAUGUUAGAAAGAAAAGACCUUAAAAUUAUUCUGCCAACAGAUGCAUGAGUGGCAUCAGGGCAGUUGUGACCAAACCCAGUAUCAAUUGGAAAAAAACUAAUUUAUCAUCCAUUAGGGAUCAGCAGUUAUAGAACUUUAUAAUGUCAUGAUAUUUCUUUGUCAAGCAGGAAAUUAUUUCAUGCCAGCCAGGAAACAGGCUUUGUUUCAAGUGUAUAUGAUUGCCAUCUUCACUGUCCACUUCCUCUCCUCCCAAGAAGUUACUAUUGCUGGGCAUGAGGGGAAUUGGUGAAUCAGAAUAUAGUUGUUUAUGCAGCAACAAAAAAUGAUUGAUUUUUACUUUUUACUUGAACUCUUAUCUCCUGAAUUACAUGCACAUUACUUUUUCCUGUGUCAAUAUGUGAUUUUAUUUAAAUGUCAGAGAUGGAAGAGAACAAAUAGCUAUUAAAUGCUUACCAUGUGCCAGGAAAUAUGCUAAAAACUUUACUAAUAUUAUCCCAUUUGAUCCUGACAACAAUCUUGAGAGAUAAGGUGCUAUUAUUAUCUGCAUUUUACAGUUGAGGAAACUGAGGGAGACAGGCUAAGUUACUUUCCCAGAGCCACAUAGCUAGGGUCUAAGGAAAAAUUUAAACUCAGAUUUUUCAGGCCAUUCUGUCUCAAGCAGAGAUUGUAAAAUUUAUUUUUUCAGUUCAGUAAUAUUUUUUUCUCAAUUAUAUAUAAAAACAAUUUUUAAAGAUUAAUUUUUUAACAUUUUGAGUUCCAAAUUCUUUCCUCCCUCUUUGAGACAGUAAACAAUUUAAGUUACAUAUGUGCUAUUAUAUAAAACAAAUUUCUAUAUUCCUCAUGUUGUGGAAGAAGACAUAUAGGUCCAAAAAAAAAACGACCCCAUGAAAAAAAUAAACUGAAAAAAUGAUCAGCUUCCAUCUGCAUUCAGACUCCGUCAGUUCUUUCUCUGGAGGUGAAUAGCAUCUUUCCUCAUGAGUCCUUUGGAAUUGUCUUGGAUCACUGUGUUUUUUGUUUUGUUUUGUUUUGUUUUGUUGUUAACACUUACCUUCCAUCUUGGAAUCAAUACUGUAUAUCAGUUCCAAGGCAGAAGAGUGGUAAGCGCUAGGCAAUGGGGGUUAUGUGACUUGCCCAAGAGAAAAAGGAUAUCAGGGACCUACAGUAGUUCAGUAGUUGAGAUCACUGACUUGUACUUAUAAGUUUGUGCCCAGUCUUUCCAAGGACAGUAUGUAUUCCUGGGAGAUGUGCUUCCAGGUUUAUGGAAAGGAGAGUUUUGUAGUAGUAUUCUUAGUCUGCCUAUUUAGUAAAUGCCCCUGAUGGGAGCUGUGUUUAUUGGCUCAUUGGUUAGAACACUAGUUGGGGGUUAUAAACUAUAGUUUUUAGGUACUCUAGAAUCUAUUGGAAUAACAGCUGCCUUCUGUGGGCUCCAACCUAUAUAAGUAUGCAUUUGGAAAGUAGCCUAGAGAGUGUGUAGCAGUCAAGAUUAGAAGCAAUCCAGAUGUCCAAAACUAUGGUUUACCAGGUUAUAUUUUUUAUUAACAUUUUACAUGCAUUCAGUUAUUUAAUCUCUAAAAUAGCCCCUGAGGUAAGAAAAUGGACUCCGAAAGGUUGACUGGCUUAUUCAAAACCAUUAAACCCCUAUUUUCUAACUUGGCUUGAAGUAUUCUUUCCACUACCAAACUGUCUCUUAUCACAUUGGAUUUUAUAUACUGGAAUUCCUAGGAAAAGUAGUGUAAGAUACGAGUUGUAUUAGAUGUAAAUAAAUAUACUUCUCUACCAAUGCCCCAAGUUUAUUGGGAGAAUGUUUUGUAGCUACUGUUUUUACUAUGCCAAUUCAGCAAUUGCCUUUGAGCCCAUUGUGAUAAAUUGUUGAAUGCAUAGCCCAGAAGCCAUAAUUUUAGGAAUGUGAACCUGCCUUGUAUCUUAAACCUGGGAUAAUUGUUCCAUGAUAUUUUAGGCUAGAACUUACCAGACUAGUCUUGUACCUCAGGUUUAAUAAUGGAUAGCAUGAAACAUUCAUAGGAAGUCUGACAGUUAAUAAAAGAUUUACUCAGUCAAAGCAGGGGGAUAUUUGCAAGGACACUACAUUGAUUCAACUAAGCUCAUCUACAUUUCCCAUGGUGGUCCAUGAGUCAAGCAUCAGAGAGCAAGGAGCAGUUCAUAUUUAGGGACACCAGGGAGCUACAUCAAUGGCUUGAGCCAAUUAAAUAUCUAGAACAAUUUCAGUAUCUUUUUUUUCCCAAUAUCUUUUAAAUUAGAAAAGACACACAUAGUUGGGCCUUAGGAUGUUGCUCCAAUCACACCUGGGGAGCAUAAACUACAAGUGUGAACCAGAGGCUUAUAUUUAGAAACUUUCACAUGGUACUGAACAUUUGUGUGUGUGUGUAAAAUAAACAAUGCUGUUUUAAAUUUAAAGAUUAUACACUUUCAUUCUCAAAUGCUAGUAUUUAAUAUAAUAAAGAAAAGUGAUUACAUAUGUAUAAGAUAUAUAAAUAUAUAUGUGAGGGGAGAGAGAGAGAGAGUGUGUGUUUUUGUGAUUGUAGUGGACAUAUCCUGCUAGAACAGGACUCACUUUACCGUAUUUUUUGUGAGCCUAAAUAAAGCACAGGAUUGAAUGGAAAAAAAAUAAGGUUUGCUGGGCAUAGGAAGACAAGCUGUUUGCAGAAAUGGUAGGGAACUUUUAUGGUGAUGUGAACUGGUUGGGCAAGUUGAGCUGAUACCAUGCUUGAGUCAAAGUAUACGUAAACCAAACAGAGCAUGGGAACCACUAUAAUUAGCUAGUGUUUUGUAUGGACUAAGAAGUUGCCAAGACUGACUGGGAGACAGAAAAUACAAACCAACUUGAUUCAAUUUUAGAGUGAUGGAAGCAGAAUGCCCAAGGAAAAGAAGCACGAAGGAGACUUGGAUGCUGCCUUCAACAAAGUUUCUAAUGCUACUGAGACUUCCCAUACCGGUGUUUGAGUUUGUUUGGUGGGGGGAGGGAAGAAAAGGACUUACCCUCCAGGAAUAGAGGUUUCCUUUUAUGCAGUCCCUUUCUAACUAAAGCUCAGAUGUGGGCUUAGUUUGUUUAUUACCUAUUGUAAUAGAUUUUUAAUUCAUCUUGCUUUGUUGGUGAAACAGUAGCGAUGUGCACCUAGAAAAAAGACAUUCUGAUAGUCUCAGUGUUGAUCUUGGUGUGGGGAUGAAUAUGAACCAUACCAGCGUUAUUAUAGAAGUUGAUUCUACCAUGACAAUUCUUGCUUUCAUCCCUUUCUCUGUUCACAUAGCCAUCUCUCUAAAUUAGGUCUCCCCCCCCCACCACCACCACCCAUGGCUGAUUGCUUUAACCUCCUAAUUGGUCUUUCUGCAUGCAAUGUCUCCUUACUUCAAACUCCACAGAGCUGCCAAAUUGAUAUUCUUAAAGGUCAAGUCUGAUCAUUCCACUCCUUUGCUUAAGAAAUUCCAGUGGCUCCCUACUGUGUUCCAACCAAACUGGCUUGCUUGUAAUUCUUCUUACAUGAGAUCCCAUUGCCAUGUCUUUGCAGAGCUGUCCCUUAGGUCUUCAGUGUACUCUUUUCUCACUUUAGGUUGGCAUCAACAAUUUGCUUAAAGAAAUUGUCACAAGUGAAAUUUAAUAAUGAUAGACUGAUGUACAUCUUGCAGCAAAAUAACAUUUUAUUCCUAUUGUGUGAACCUGAAAAUAAGAUGGGCCAAUAGCUGCCUCCGUUUCUAGGUAAAGACAAAGAAUUGGAGAUUCAAAUUCUUUUUAUAAGCAUAGUAUAAAGAACAGAGCAAAAUCAAUAAAGGAAAUCAUACCACCGGUUAUGGGGUUGGCAAAAUCAGGGGGGUAAGGGAUCAUGAUUGGUUACCCUAAGGAAAGCACGAAUAUGUGUGGGCAUACACACACACACACACAAUCAAAGCCACCCUUAUCUGUCUUGAAGGAAUGCUUUGUGAAUUUAUUGGACUUGGCUAUAUUCCAAGUCAUGGAUAGUGGACAGGGGCAGCAGACUCACCAGCCCUGGUAACAAGAUAAAGCCACCUUUAAUUAGCAAGGAGAAGGCCAAGAUCAGACCAGGUGAGCUUUCUUUUUUUUAAACCCCUAACUUCUGUCUUGGAGUCAAUACUGUGUAUUGGCUCCAAGGCAGAAGAGUGGUAAGGGCUAGGCAAUGGGGGUCAAGUGACUUGCCCAGGGACACACAGCUGGGAAGUGUCUGAGGCCAGAUUUGAUCCUAGGACCUCCUGUCUCUAGGCCUGGCUCUCAAUCCACUGAGCUACACAGCUGUCCCCUCGGGUCAGCUUUCUUGAUCUCCAGGAUAACACAUAGUUGUCAUGGAACUUCUUAGGAGACAGUUAUUGGGGAUAAUACAAAGUGACAUAAAGUGAUUUGUAGGUGAUGUUGAAGUAACAGUUCUCUUUGGAAUUUGAAUAUUCUGUGAGAAUAUUGAAUAUCUAAAUUUAAAACUUAGCUCAGGGCGGAGUCAAGAUGGCAGCAUAGAGGCAGAAAAAGUUCAGACUGCUGAAAACCCUUCCUUACCAAUUACAAACUAAAUGCUCCUAGGAGACUUAAAAUCAAACCUAACAACAAGACAGAGCCAAGGAACCCUCCUGCUGGACUCAAUUUAAAAGGUAUGCCCCCCCCCAAAAGCCGGAAUCUGAGAACACUUUAGUUUAAGGGGAAGGGAGAAGGAAGGUCCCAGGACCCCUUCCCCACCUAGAGCACUAAGCCUCCAACAGUAGCUGGAACCUUUGGGCAGGCAAAGGUACUGGUCUGGAGGGAGUACCUUGUGGGAAAAGCUGUGCCAGGCUCCGAGCAUCGAUCACAGGUGGUGGGGAAGGAGUUAGAGAAGGAGUGCAGAGUGGGCAGCCUAGUUGCAGCAGCAGAGACCCUCCAUAUUGCUCCCCCCUUCCAGGAGGUUUUGGCCUCAGGGCACAUCCAGCCCAACCCAGCUGGACUUAAUCCCAUCAAAAGUCUUCAGAGGGCAGGGAAGCUCAAGCUCCAACACCCCUCCCCCACAGACUGCUGGGCUUUAAUCCAAUCAAAGCCUCAAGAGGGUAGGGAAGCAAAAGCUCCAAUACCCCUUCCGCACAGACUGCACUGAGAGAUUUGCUGACAAAAUUCCAAGAGGGAACACUGACAGAAAAGCCCAAAACCAAAAAAAAAAAAAAAUGAGAGGAGCAAGAGCACAGACAACUUCAGGGAGUAAAGAAGGGGUAAAUAUGAUCAAACAACAGAAAAAGAAAAAAAUUAUAAUCGACAGCUUCUAUACAAGCAAUGAACAAAGAGCAAAUGGAACAGAGAAGGAGGAGGGAACACCAAACAAUAAAACAGAAAACCCAGUGAAUUGGAUACAGACUUUGGAAGAACUCAAAAUACAAUUCAAAACACAAUUAAGAAAGACUGAAGACAAUUGGGAAAAGAACUUAAAAACUAAGAUGAGUCAUCUGGAAACUGUGAACCUUAAAAAUUCUCAGACCCUACUUCAUAAGGUUGGAUUAUGAACCUUAAAAGUUCUCAGACCCUACUUCAUAAGAUUUGGUUAAGACCAUUCCCCAUUUGGGUAGUGAAGGUACUUGAUCAGGAAUGUGACAGCUCUACUUCACAAUACUUAAGCAUAAAGUUGUAAACUCUUUGCUGAACAAUGAAAAGUACUUAAACCCAUACUUAUAAUAAGACAAAAAGUUCUUAAGCUGUGCCUAUUUUUAGAUAUAAUACAAAAGGGUGCUAAGUACCUAUAAAGGUCAGGCAACUUGUGAACUUACAAGUAGCAAAGAGGUGAAAACUUACUCAGAGAUUCUAGUCUACUCAGGUGUGAAUUACUCAAAAAGAUUAGUCUUCUUAGGUGUGAACUAAGAAUGGUCUGUCCUUUGAAAAAUGUCUACUGUGAUUGGUAGAUGGGAGAACUUAGGGGAGGUGACAUAGGAGAAAAUUCCCUUUAUAAGGAGAUGAAAAUCUGAGAGUGAAAACAGUCUCUUGACAGUCUUCUAAAGGAGGCAUUAGGGACAGUCUCUUGAGACAGUCUGUUGAAGACAGUCUGAGGGAGGCUGACUCUGACUGGAACUCCCUCUGAGGAGACUCUGUCCCUCUGAAUCCUUGCUUGUUCAGAUCUUGUGGUGAGUGAUAAAAGACUGACUGAUCCCUCUCUUCCUAGGCUGGCUCAUGCCGGCCUAGGCUGGUAUAGCCCUUUUCUCAUUAUUUCCUUUUCUCUCUCUCUCUCUUUCUUAAUUCCUCAUUUGUAUUAAUUAAAAUCUCUAUAAAACCCAGCUGACUUGGGUUUAUUGAAUAAUUGGGAAUUUUUCCCUGGCGACCACCUUAUAUAUUGAUUUAAAAACAAAACACUGUAGUGAAAACAUAUUUUCUGCAGUCACAAUUUACUCAUCCACUCUUACAUCUUCCACAAUUUAAGUCUUCCACUAUUUUAAUCACUACAGUUUAUGACAACCAACUAUUUUAAUUAUUACAAAACAGAGGCACAUGAACUAAAAUGAGAAAAUAGCAUCUUGAAAGCCAAAAUCAGCCAGCCUGAAAAUGAGGCAAAGGAGAUGAAAGAUGAGGCAAAGGAGAUGAAAGAUGAAGUAAAGAGGAUGAAAGAUGACCUCCAAAGAAAAUCAGACCAGAAGAAGAAGAUUGACCAAAAAGCCAGGGAUGAAAUCCAGUCUUUAAGAACCAGAAUACAACAACUAGAAUCAAGUGACUUCACAAUGCAUCAAGACACUAUAAAACAAAAUCAGCAGAAUGAAAAAAUUGAGGAAAAUAUGAAGCAUUUCAUUCACAAAACAGAAGAUUUAGAAAAUCGUUCCAUGAGAGACAACUUAAGAAUCAUUGGUCUACCAGAAGACCAUGACAAAAGAAAAAGCCUGGACAUCAUACUACAGGAAAUUAUCCAAGAAAACUGCCCCAAUAUUCUAGAACAGGAGGGAAAAGUGGAGAUCGAGAGAAUCCACAGAUCACCUCCUGUACUUAGUCCCCAACUGACAACACCCAAGAAUGUUACAGCCAAAUUCAAGAACUAUCAGACCAAGGAAAAAAUAUUACAAGCUGCUAAGAAGAAGCCAUUCAGAUACCAUGGAACCACAGUGAGGAUAACACAGGAUCUCACUGCAUCUACACUGAAGGACCAAAAGGCAUAGAAUAUGAUAUUCCAGAAAGCAAGAGAACUGGUCUACAACCAAGAAUCAACUACCCAGCAAAACUGACUAUAUUCUUACGGGGAAAGUAUGGUCAUUUAAUAGAAUAGAAGAAUUCCAAGCAUUUGUAAAGAAAAGGCCAGACCUGAACAGAAAAUUUGAUGCCCAAGCACAGAACUCAUCAAAAGAAAGCUCUGAAGAUAGAUCUUUGUAAUUCCAUUGCCUGAAAGUAAUGAUGCUUGUACAUCGAGUUGUACUGAAUUCCCGACCUGGAAAAAAUGGCAGACCAGUGGCAGAGAAUUUCCGUAUGGAAGAGGCUAAUUUACCAGAUAAAUUAAACGAGGGACAAGUACUAGUCCGAACUCUUUAUCUCUCUGUGGAUCCUUAUAUGCGUUGUAGAAUGAAUGAAGACACUGGUACUGACUAUAUAAAACCUUGGCAGCUAGCUGAAGUGGUUGAUGGUGGUGGUGUUGGAGUUAUAGAAGAGAGUCAGCAUACAAGUUUGACUAAAGGCGAUUUUGUGACUUCUUUUUAUUGGCCCUGGCAGACUAAGGCUAUUCUAGAGGGAAAUACCCUGGAAAAGGUAGACCCACAGUUUGUAGAUGGACACCUUUCUUACUUUCUUGGUGCUAUUGGUAUGCCUGGAUUGACUUCUCUUAUUGGAAUAAAAGAAAAAGGUCAUGUAACUGUUGGUUCCAACCAGACGAUGGUUGUCAGUGGGGCUGCAGGUGCUUGUGGAUCAUUGGCUGGCCAGAUUGGCCAUUUGGAAGGCUGUUCCAGAGUGGUGGGAAUUUGUGGAACAGAUGAGAAGUGCUCCAUCUUGGUUUCAGAACUGGGCUUUGAUGCUGCAGUUAAUUAUAAGAAAGAUAAUGUAGCAAAACAACUACAUGAGCUCUGCCCAUCUGGAGUGGAUGUUUACUUUGACAAUGUUGGUGGUGACAUCAGUGAUACUGUUUUAAGUCAGAUGAAUCAGAACAGCCAUGUUAUCCUGUGUGGCCAGAUUUCUCAGUACAACAAGGAUGUCCCUUAUCCUCCCCCACUACUGCCUGAAGUAGAGGAAAUUUUGAAAACAAGAAACAUCACAAGGGAAAGAUUUCUGGUUUUGAAUCAUAAGGACAAAUUUGAGUCUGGACUUCUACAACUGAGUCAGUGGUUUAAAGAAGGAAAAUUAAAGAUCAAAGAGACAGUGAUGGAUGGCUUGGAAAACAUGGGAGUUGCCUUCCAAUCUAUGAUGACAGGAGGCAACAUUGGGAAGCAAAUAGUUCGUAUUUCUGAAUAGAAACCUUUGACCCUUCAUUGGACUACAGGUUAAUAAUAACAUCAAUCAGAUUUCUUUUUAACUUUAACAAGAGAAAUUUCAAAGUCUGUUGAUUUUAUAUGAUUAAUGAAACUAACUUUAAUUUUGUCUUUUUAUUUCAUAAUAUGUAACAUUGAUGAGAAUUUCUUAGAAGUUUGAAUGAGUGUUAUUUCUUCUAACUUAAUAUACCCAAUAUAUAAACAAUUAUAGUGAAACAAAAGUCAAGAUGACUCAUUUUUCAUUUCUUUUUCAGGAGUUAGUAUUAUGUAUGAUGUUUAUAUUCAAUUUUUUGAAGCCAUAGAAGAUUUUAAUACUACUGUUAGUGUUCUAAAUAAGAUAAUAUUUGGGAAGUUACUUAGAAUCCUUUAGACAUUCCUCUCAGGUAAUUUUUUUAUUCAGGGCUAAUUAUUGACUUUUAGCAUCCAAUGGGAACAAAGUUCUUGCUACUUUAAAACAAUAUUAUUAAGACUUCCUGAAAAAGUCAACCUUGAUAGUAUUCAGAUUGUUGAAUUGUGUUUUGUGUUAAAGAAUGUGUAAAGGAAUUCUUUUCUAUUUCAAGUGAUAAUUAAUGAACAUUAUGGAAAAUAAGAACUUGGAUGCUAAUUUUAAUCUAACAAGAAGAUAAACAAUUGUUAAUCUUUAAGUAUUUUAAUAACUGCAUGAAAGUCUGAUUUGAGGAUAAAUAUGAUCAUUUUCUUUUUGAGCCUAAUUAUGCUUUGUAACAACUGCUUCUUACUAAGUGUACUUUACUCAGACCGUUAAGAAAUUAUGGGAGGGGAAGACAGUGUGGGAGAGAUUAGGAAUUGAUCAACACCUCACACUCUACACCAAGAUAAAUUCAAAAUGGGUGAAUGACUUAAACAUAAAGAAGGAAACCAUAAGUAAAUUGGGUAAACACAGAAUAGUAUACAUGUCAGACCUUUGGGAGGGGAAAGACUUUAAAACCAAGCAAAACAUAGAAAGAAUCACAAAAUGUAAAAUAAAUAAUUUUGACUACAUCAAAUUAAAAAGUUUUUAUACAAACAAAACCAAUGUAACUAAAAUCAGAAGGAAAACAACAAAUUGGGGAAAAAUCUUCAUAAAAACCUCUGACAAAGGUUUAAUUACUCAAAUUUAUAAAGAGCUAAAUCAAUUGUACAAAAAAUCAAGCCAUUCUCCAAUUGAUAAAUGGGCAAGGGACAUGGAUAGGCAGUUCUCAGAUAAAGAAGUCAAAACUAUUAAUAAGCACAUGAAGAAGUGUUCUACAUCUCUUAUAAUCAGAGAGAUGCAAAUCAAAACAACUCUGAGGUAUCACCUCACACCAAGCAGAUUGGCUAACAUAACAGCUAUGGAAAGUAAUGAAUGCUGGAGGGGAUGUGGCAAAGUAGGGACAUUAAUUCAUUGCUGGUGGAGUUGUGAACUGAUCAUUCAUAGCUGCGCUCUUUGUGGUGGCCAAAAACUGGAAAACGAGGGGAUGCCCUUCAAUUGGGGAAUGGCUGAACAAAUUGUGGUAUAUGUUGGUGAUGGAAUACUAUUGUGCUAAAAGGAAUAAUAAACUGGAGGAAUUCCAUGGAGACUAGAACAACCUCCAGGGAGUGAUGCAGAGUGAGAGGAGCAGAACCAGGAGAACAUUGUACACAGAGACUAAUACACUGUGGUAUAAUCGAACGUAAUGAACUUCUCCAUUAGUGGCGGUGUAAUGUCCCUGAACAAUUUGCAGGGAUCUAGGAGAAAAAACACUAUCCAUAAGCAGAGGACAAACUGUGGGAGUGGAAACACCGAGGAAAAGCAACUGCCUGACUACAGCGGUUGAGGGGACAUGACAGAGGAGAGACUCUAAACGAACACUCUAAUGCAAAUAUUAACAACAUGGCAAUGGGUUCAAAUCAAGAACACAUGUGAUACCCAGUGGAAUCACGCGUCGGCUACGGGGGGUGAGGGGAGGAAAAGAAAAUGAUCUUUGUCUUUAAUGAAUAAAGCAUGGAAAUGAUCAAAUAAAAAGAAAAGAAAAAGGAAGAAAAGCAUGCUACCUAAAAAAAAAAGAAAGAAAUUAUGGGAGGGAGCAGCAAGGUGGUUCAGUGGAUAGAGAGCCAGGCCUGAAGACAAGAGGUCCUGGGUGCACAUGUGAAUUCAGAUAUUUCCUAGCAGCAUGACCCUGGACAAGUCACUUAACACAUUGCCUAGCUCUCCUCUGCCUUAGAACUAAUUCAUAGCAUUAAUUCUAAGACAGAAUGUAAGAUUUAAAGAAAGAAAGAAAUUAUGGGAGCCACAUGUUAUUUAUAUUGCCAUUAAAAAAGAAAAAAGAUCUGACAAUGCAGAAUAGCCUUUUAAUUUGUAGAAAAUAUUAAACUGCAUUGAAACAUAAGAUGGAAUGAAUGGGGAAGUGAUAUUUGAAUUAAUUUUAGACUCAUUUAGAAUACUAAUUUUCUAAUAUAUGUCUUUGCCAGACAUCUUGAGUUGAAGGGUCCUUCAAAGUGUUGAAGUGUAGGAGUGUAGGAAUUAUUGGAUGCUUACUCUUUGAUUAGUUUUGGGAUAUGGAACUAUUUCUGUGGAAAAUAGAGCUUUUAUUUUUAAUCUGCUAAGUUUAGGGUAAGGUUUUGGGGUUUGGCAGCAGGUCACUCAAGAACUACCUUGUGUCUUCUUUAAAAACAAAUGAAAUGACAGGUAUUAAAUAUAGAGGGAGGAGCACCUAGUAGCUCGGUGGAUAGAGAGCCAGGUCUAUCUAGAGAUGGAAGGUCCUGGGUUCAAAUUUGGCUUCAGACACUUCCUAAGUGUGUGAGCCUGGGCAAGUCACUUAAUGGCAGUUGCCUGGCCCUUACUGUUCUUCUGCCCUAGAACCAAUUCUUAGUAUCAAUUUCAAGUCAGAAGGAAAUGAUAUUUUUUUUAAAAAGGAUAAAAGGAAAGCUGAAAUAUUUGUAUUUCUUUUUCACCUUUGAAACCAUAAUUUGAAAAGAACCAGAGGGGCUUUUGGGAAAAGGGACAAAAUCUUCAAAAGAAUGUCCAUAAAAUAUUGUAAAGCAACAUCUUCAAAUCCUUAUGUAACACAGAAAAAUCUAUAUCUAAUCCAAUUAAAAUGUUUCUAAUUAAAAUAAUUUGAGGCAAAGAGGCAUGGCACUGGUUCCCCUGUUCUCUCUAGGCUCUUUCCCUAGGCUGGAGCUGGUUCACUCAUCCUGCUGUUGCUCACUUCAGCAAGUUGGGGUGGUUUUCCCAUGGGAUGACCUUACUGCCACUGCUCAUCUUUAGGGUCUUAGGAAUAGCCCUGCUGAUAGGGAUGGGAUACACUCCUAUAACUUGCUUUGCUUCUCAUUUAUGCAAAGCAGUCAAUGUGAUCUAAUUGACUCUUAAACAUCAAAUAUUUACUAAUCAAAAAGGCGAAAGCACACAUAAUUCUAAUAUAACAUUUUCAAGAGAAAGAAAAAGCACAAAUAGUCAAAAUAUGACAGUAUAUCCUUAAAAUUGGGACACAUUCUUUCUUCGAUUCUCACAGUGUCCAGGGGAGAAAGCAGGCCCACAGAAAUCUAGCAGUCAAGUCCAGAAGAGAAAUUCAUUGCCCAGGACCACUCAUAACUCUGGUCUGCAGACUUAAACAGUCUGUAUGUCAGCUGCUAUGCAGGUUGCCGCUCUUCUAGACCUCUCUAUUCUCAUGCUAGAUAAAGCUUCUGCUUUGCUACUCUUAGGCAACAAAAGCAUCAUUAAGCUUUUUUAUUAAACAGGCCCAUUACAUUUCAGUGAAAAAGUAGCCCUAAGCCAACAGUUUUCAGCUUUCCAGAUUUGAUCCCUUAAGCCACUUUCUGGGCUCUGUGCUAAAGAGCAAUUCAGAUAAGCCCAGCCAGCUCUUCAUUCAGCAGGAUUCUUCUUUCUCUAGUCAGCUCCCAAUGGCGCCUUCAGAUAUUGUUUGCUUUCCAGCAGUCAGAAGCUACUGUUUUUAUUUUCUCAUUCUCCUGCUACUGCUUUUAUGCAUUGGAGGUCAGUCUCUGCCUUACUUCUGUUUCUUUUUCUAUUAAUAGUUUAUCUCUUCAGGUGGAUACUGUCUUCUCGUUCUUUUAUUUCUCCCUCUUUUCUCUCCUAUAACCCUGCCAAAAUCACUUCCCUCAAGAAUAGUGUCUCAUCUCUUACUUUAGUUGGGAAACCCAAGAUCCACACUAUUAUAAAUUACAACACAAUAGUUCUUUUUUUGUUUUUAUUUUUAAAUUUAUUUUUAAGUAUAUGUAUUUAAUGAAUUAACUUAGAAUAUUUUUCCAUGGUUACAUGAUUUGUAUUCUUUCCUUCCCUCUCUCCCCCUCCCAUAGCCAACAAGCAAUUCAACUGGGUUUUACAUGUAUCAAGACCUAUUUCCAUAUCAUUAAUUUUUGCAAUAGAGUGAUCAUUUAGAUCUACGUCCCCAAUCAUAUCCCCAUCGACCCAUGUGAUUAAGCAAUUGAUUUUCUUCUGUGUUUCUACUCCUACAGUUCUUCCUCUGAAUGUGGAUAGUGUUCUUUCUAACAGACUCCCCCAGAAUUGUCCUGAAUCAUUGCAUUGCUGCUAGUAGAGAUACACAAUAGUUCUGAAGUAAUUUAAUGGAUUAUAUGCUAAAUAUUUAAUAAACACCUAUCUUAAACUUAUAAUUUUACAAGAUGCAGUGGGAGUUUGUAAAAUGCCACCCUUACUCAACCAUGAAUGAAGUACUAAACAAUAUUACUCUUAAAACCUCAAGAUUUAAACUUUCAAGUUACCAUGUAAAAUAAUGAAUAAUUUUUACAUUGAAUUACUAAGUCAAUACAAUUCCAAAUGGCAUGAUUUCCUUUUUCCCAGUCAUUUCAGUCAUACCCAACUCUUUGAUAACCCCACUUGGGGUUUUCUUUGCAAAAAUACUGAAGUUGUUCGCCAUUUCCUUCUCCAGCUUAUUUUUCAGAUGAGGAAAAUGAGACAAAAUUCCUUUUGGGCAGUUUUCAUAUUUGUGUUUUUGUCAUCUCAGUGUCUAACAGAAGCUUCCUUGAAUUUAGUAGGCUAUCAAUAAGUGCUUAUUAUUGUUGAAUAUAAAACUCUAUAUGUACUUGAGUACAAAAAAAGUCAAACAUAAGAUUGUUCAACCUGUUGAUAUUAGGUCAUUGAGCUACAUUGAUUAAAAAGCUGUUUUCAAGACCAGUGUUUUACAAUACAAAUUUUUGACAUGUUCAAUAUUUUUUUUAAACCUUCUAUCUUGGAAUCAACACUCUUUAUUGGUUCCAACACAGAAGAUCUGUAAGAAUUAGGCAAUGGGGGUGAAGUGACUAGCUCAGGCUCACACAGCUAGGAAGUGAUUUGAACCAGAGGUCAGAUUUAAACCCAGGAUGUCCCAUUUCUAGGUCUGGCUUUCAAUCCCCUGAAACACCUAGCUGCCCUUGACAUGGUCAUUUCUAAAUUUGUUUCCUUGACUACUUGUCAAUUACAAGGGGGAUUUUAAUGGGGAAAGGAAGGAGGUGGAGGUGUAAGAGAGAAGAUUAAUAAUAGACAAAGUACAAGUCUCUUUCUCUAUUCUUUGUAUUUGGAAGUGCUCAUAUUUGCUGGUGUUUGUUAAGUUCAUAAUUAAAAUAACAUUUUGUUUUUAAAAAUGCAUGCUGUUUCAAAUCCUGUCAAAAUUAAGCCAAAUUUGAAUUUUGUCAAGUGCAAAAUUAUAUGGUAUAAAGUUUAAAAUAAACAAGAGUUCUAGAAAUACCAGAGUAUAGCUAUAAAAA